AUGGCUGCAGUGGCACCCUUCAACCCGCGUCCUUUGCUCCAAAGCUUAGUCGACAAAGACAUCGUCGUUAGGUUAAAGUGGGGCGAGACCGAGUACAAGGGCAGACUCGUCUCAGUCGACCUCUACAUGAACAUCCAGCUCUCCAACACGGAAGAGUUCGUAGGCGGCGUCAGCUCAGGCACUCUCGGCCAAGUCCUCAUAAGGUGUAACAACGUUCUCUGGAUUGGAAAGGCCGAAGAGGUGGAACCCAAGGCGACCAAGGACACGGCUAUGAGCGGUUGA